AUGUCCGGGUUUAGGAUCCCUAUCGACGCUCUCACGUCGCGAAUGAACAUCUCUGGUCGUUUCGACGGCCUCCGCAACCAGUCCAUCACCACUCGGUUCGCCAACCUGCGACCUAUUUCCGAGUUCUUCGACUUCAAACGCGUCUCCAAGCCUGCCAAUUUCUCCGAAGUCCAGAGCAGAGUCAACUACAACUUGAGCUACUUCUCCAGCAACUAUGCCGUCGUCUUUGUCAUGCUCAGUAUCUACAGCCUCCUCACCAACCUCUUACUCCUAUUCGUCAUAUUCUUCGUCAUUGGCGGCAUGUAUGGAAUCGGCAAGCUCCAGGGCGCAGACCUUGAGAUUGGCAGCCUGCGCGCUACUACCUCUCAGCUCUACACUUGUCUGCUCUGCAUUGCCAUCCCUCUUGGCUUUUGGGCCUCGCCCUUCGCUACUGUCCUCUGGCUCAUCGGAGCUUCCGGUGUCACCAUCUUGGGCCAUGCCGCAUUCAUGGACAAACCGAUUGAGUCAGCUUUUUCCGAGGAGGCGGUCUAG